CGGUAAUGAUGGUGUCUCUAUUUACGAAUUGACUAGAAAUUUUGUUUACUUCUUGAAGAAAAAGACAUUAAGCCUAAAAGCCUUUAAUUGAAACCCUACUCAAUAUUAAUAUUGCUGACUAAUAAAUUUAUAUAUGUAAAUCAAUAAGCUAAAAAUGAUAUAAAUAAGGGGUAUAAAAUAUUAUUUUAUAACCUCAAAGUUUCGUGCAUUGACAUGUUCUUGGCAGUCGUUAGUUUAUAAGAUUUUUUUAAAUUUGCUUAAACUAUGAAAUAAUGGACGUGGAAUCCCCAGAAAAUUUUAUAUUGGAUGUGUUACAAAGAGCUUCUAGUCAGAACCCUGAUAUAUUGAAGCCUGCUGUUGAAAAACUAAAAGAAUGGGAAACUCAACCAGGAUUUUACAAUACCUUGCUUAAUGUAUUUUGCAAUCACAAUGUAGAUGUAAACGUAAGGUGGAUAGCCGUUCUUUAUCUCAAAAAUGGCAUUGAUAAAUAUUGGAGGAAAAAAGCACCUGGUGCUAUAUUAGAAGAAGAAAAAGAGUGUAUAAGACAGGGCCUUUUAAGUAAUUUUAAUGAGCCAGUGAGUGCAAUUGCAAUUCAACGGGCAGUUCUUGUAUCAAAAAUUGCUAGACAUGACUUUCCCAAAGAGUGGUCCCAAUUGUUUCCCAUUUUGGUACAGGCUGUCGAAAGUCCAGACAAUCUCAUACAACACAGGGCGUUGUUAACACUGCAUCACGUUAUUAAGGCUGUAUCUACAAAACGCUUGCCAGGAGAUAAAAAGAACUUUCAAGAACUGACAAAUAAAAUUUACCCAUUCACAUUGAAUUUGUGGCACAAUUACACAGAGAAUUUUAUCAGGGAUAUUGUACAAGACUGCAGUGGUGAAAUUAUCAGUGUUAAUUUGGAGAAAGCUCUACUUCUAUUGAGGAUUUUGAGAAAAAUGACUAUUAAUGGUUUUAGUCAGCCACAUACAAAUCCAAAUUGUAUGUCAUUUUUAAAUGUUAUUUUUGAGAAAGCAAAAGUUGUUCUUGAAUGCAGAAAACAACUAAAAGGAAAAGGACUGGGGGUACUGGAAAGCUGCGAAAAAUUCAUUAUCCACCUAACUAAAGUUUUGCUUUCAUUGUUGGACGUUUACCCUUUUUCAUUUGUCGAUUUGAUUCAACCCAGUUUGGAAUUCGCGGUUUACUACCUAUUCACAAACGACGGAGUACAAUUUCUGUUUGAAAGAUUUGUAAUUCAGUGUUUUAACCUGAUCAAGAAUAUUCUGCUGUGUGUGGAGUACAGGGCGGCUAAAAAUCCGGAACUGACCAAGCAUCCGGCAACUAUGAAGGCGUACCAAACUACGCAGGCAUUCUUUCAGCCCGAUGUGUUGAACGAAAUAUGUCGUAAGUUGGUCACUCACUAUUUUAUUCUGACUCAAGAUGAGUUGCUGGUCUGGGAUCAAGAUCCAGAAGCGUUUUCCAAUGAUGAGGCAGGGGACAGUUGGAAAUACAGUUUAAGGCCUAGCAUGGAAACCGUGUUUGUUACUCUAUUUCGAAAAUUCAAAGAAGUUUUAACCCCAAUCAUGUUGGAAUUAAUAUCAGAAACCAAUGUUUUAAUACCGCCUGAAGAUAUGCAGGGUAUUUUAAAAAAAGACGCUGUGUACAAUGCUGUAGGACUUUGUGCUUUUGAUUUGUAUGAUGAGGUGGACUUCGACUAUUGGUUCACAAACACGCUGCUCAAAGAGGUUAUAAUCAAGCACAACAAUUACAGGGUGAUUAGGCGUCGGGUGUCGGCCAUGCUUGGCCACUGGACCAGCGUGAAGUUGUCGCAGGAGCUCAGACCCACUCUGUACGAGUGCAUAAUAAAUUUGCUGGGCCCCGAGGAGAACCUGGCCGUCAGGUUGACGGCCUGCGAAACGCUCAAGCACGCAAUCGACGACUUUGAUUUCAACUUCGAACAAUUUAAGGAUUAUUUAUUUACGACGUUUGAUUUGCUGUACAAAUUGUUGAAAGAAACCAGCGAGUGUGAGACAAAGAUGCAUGUUUUGAACGCGAUGACGUUAAUGUUGGAAAGAAUGGGACAUUCUUUGAUCCCAUAUUACGAUGCUCUUCUUCAGUAUUUGCCCCAUCUCUGGGAAGAAUCUCAAGAUCACAAUAUGCUGAGAUGUUGCAUUGUGGCAUCUUUGGUUCAGAUUGUUAAAGCUUUGGAAGGAGUUAAACCUGAACUUUACCCUUUUCUUUUGCCAAUAAUCCAACUUGGUACUGACUCGAAUGGCGAGGCCAUAGUUUAUUUGUUGGAGGAUUGCCUAGAAUUGUGGUUGAUUGUCUUAGAGUACACUGCGACAAUAACCCCAGAACUGAUGCAGCUGUUUCACAACAUAAAACCUCUGUUGGAAAAAUCAACGGAAAAUCUUAGCGUAUGCUUGUUGAUAUGCACCACGCAGCUUCUGAUAAAUCCCGAACUGUUUUUGUCCACAUUCGGUUUGGAAUUGGUGUCAUUGUGUGAUGGAAUGGUUUCGGAUUUAAAGAAUGAAGGCAUCAUACUGAUUAUGAGACUGAUUGAAACUAUUAUUAAGUCGAAUCCUGCUAUAGGGUCCGAGACGGUUACGCCCAUAUUACCCAGGAUUUUAGAGCAAAUAUGCGCAGCAGAUAGUUAUCCAUUAAUAAUGUCAUCAUAUCUGGCUAUUACGUCCAGGGUUUUGCUAUCCAAUCACGACGUAUUCAGAAGGGGGUUGGCCAUGUUGGCCCAGAAACAUGAAAAGACUGAAGAAAUUGUGUUGGGAACUAUUUUAGACGUGUGGUUGAUAAAAAUGCCUAUGGUAUCGCAAAGAGAAUACACAAAAUUGUUGGCAAUGGCUCUGACCAAUCUUCUCACGACCCAAAGCAGGCCGGUGUUUGAAAGAUUUUCCAAAAUUAUGCUUCACAUCACGGAAGCUUUGAACGAUAUUACGACCAAGUGGGAAGGCGGCCAGAUGGUGGACACUUUGGUUCUGUCCGACGGCCAGAGCCCACCCAGCAGUUUUAACGACAACGACGAUAGAAGUCGCUUUUACGAAACGGAUCACGAUCAAAGAAAGAAGCAGUUGGUUCUUUCCGAUCCAGUGCAUACUGUAAUUUUAAAGGAUUAUUUACAAUCGCAGCUUUCAGAGUUAAAAAACCAAAUUGGUAUUACACAUUACCAACAAUUAUGCCAAUCAUUGGACGCAAACACUGUAUCACAAUUGGAAGAAUUUAUUUCAAUUUAAUUAAAAUAUAUAUAUAUACAUAUAUAUAUAUUUUCUGGCUUGUUACCUACAUAUUUUGUUGGAUUUGUUUUAUUAAGUUCUCUUGUCUUACUAUUUUUUGAAUUGUCAUGUGAAUGUUUUCUUUUUUACAUUUAGAUUUUAAGAUUUUAUUGUGAUUUAAAGUUAAAUAUUAUUGUAUUAUUUUUAUUUUUAUAAGAUAAAAAUACUGAAUAUUUUACUAUAAUCUAUGUCAAGA